AACGAACCACAGUCCAAAGUCGCUUGCAGCUAAAGACAUCCCAGUGCAGAGAGUUUAACCACCCCAGAAAAUAUGUUCAAAUUCGUGUUGAUCGCCAGCCUGCUGGUCGCCAUUUCCUUGGCAGCUCCUGCCCGCGAUGAGACCGAUGCGGAAAGGGCAGAAAGGGAGGAAUACGAGAAAUAUCAGAAUGAAAAUGCGCAAUACGCGUUCAAUUCCAAGGUGGACGAUAAAAUCAACGACGGACAAAUUACCCGGACUGAGGAGCGUGAAGGAGGCACAGUGCGUGGUUCCUACAGUUACUUCGAUGGAUUUGUCAAACGCAAGGUGGAAUACAUCGCCGACAAGGAUGGCUACAGGGUACUUAAGGACGAGAUGGAGGAUGUCGGCAAUGGCCCACAAUUCAAUCCCGAAGGCCAAGCUGAUGUAGAGGGUUCUCUGAUCGGCAAGUACUCCAUUAAGUUGGACAAGGACGACGAGGAGAAGCACUACAAGGACAUUCAUGCCUAAGAAAAUAUGAAUUGGAGAUUUCUAACAUUUAGAAAUGGACUGAAUACAUCGUAGAGCCUUAAAGUAAUGUAAACACCAUCUGAACAAAAAUUGUAUUUUUCCUCCGAAAUAAAAAA